UCGAAAUUAGACCGUACAUGGUCUGCGUUUUCCCGCUACUACAGAAAAAUUUCGGGCGGGAAACCUUCUUUCUCUCCUAUCUCUCCGGCGACGGCGAAGUCUCCUCUCCGUCGGUAAUGGCGGGCUCAAGCUACAAUCUGGAGAUAGAGAGAGCUCGACUGAUGAGCUUGGCUCUCGAAUUCGGCUUUGAUGAAGAAUCCGCCGCCAAAUGCUUGGACCGUCUCGUCUCCCUCUACGGUGAUGAAGGCCGGGAUUUCAUUACCGUGGAGCACUGUGGGGAUGAUUUCCUAGCAGCUCUAGCUGAAAGCAUGCAGGACGCUGAGGACUGGGAUGACCUACUUGCUGCCGAAUCAGAAGCCUGUGGAGCUUUGAAUGAUAUGUUCAGCGAGGAUAUGUACAGUGUUGGUGGACUGGAUAAUCGAGACAUCGUUGAAGAUCAUGUCCACAUCAUAGAAGAUUCCCCGGAGUCUAACAAAAAUCAGGCCUUCAUGGAAGUGGAGCCCUGCAAUGACAGCGGAGACCCAGAUUUUACAAUUCCAAGGAAAAGUGUGCCCCGCAGCAGUCUUACCCAGAUUCAGGGCAAACGUUCUUCAGGGUCUGUGGACUCCAAGAGCCAGAUUACGCAACUUUCGCUGGCUCCUGUUUCCAACAAAGGAGGUUAUUCCCAUCCAUCAAAGGUCUCCAGGGAUACCCUUAGUUAUGAAGAGUUGCAGGCUCUGGAUGAUGUUGAACUGGCAAAUGUGGUAAUAUUUGGGAACAAGAAGUUUCGGCCAAUGCAACAUCAGGCUUGUAAAGCAUCUGUGGCUAAGCGAGACUGCUUUAUUCUCAUGCCAACUGGAGGUGGUAAAAGUUUGUGUUACCAGCUACCAGCAACUCUUAAACCAGGCGUCACAAUUGUCAUAUCACCAUUACUUUCUCUCAUUCAGGACCAGAUAAUUACUCUAAAUGUCAAGUUUGGAAUACCAUCUACCUUCUUGAACUCUCAACAGACUGCUUCACAAGCAGCGGCUGUCCUCCAAGAACUAAGAAAAGACAGACCAUCAUGCAAGCUCUUGUAUGUGACACCUGAAAGGGUUGUGGGAAAUGUAGCAUUUCAAGAAAUAUUGAGAUGUCUACAUAGGAAGGCCCAACUGGCUGGUUUUGUUGUCGACGAAGCACAUUGUGUGAGUCAGUGGGGGCAUGACUUUCGUCCAGACUAUAGGGGACUAGGCUGUCUCAAGCAAAACUUUCCAGAUGUUCCAUUGAUGGCUUUAACUGCAACAGCGACCCACACUGUCCGUGAGGAUAUCUUAAAAGCUCUUAGGAUCCCUGGUGCUCUAGUCCUAGAAACAAGCUUUGAUAGACCGAAUCUGAAGUAUGAAGUCAUUGGAAAGACCAAGGAACCCCUAAAGCAGCUAGGAAAGCUUCUGAAAGAUCGUUUUGAGAAUCUUUCUGGAAUCAUAUAUUGCUUAUCAAAGAAUGAAUCCGUUGAAGUAUCAAAGUUUUUGAAUGAAAAAUGCACCAUCAAAACGGAAUAUUACCAUGCUGGUUUGGGGUCCCGUGAAAGAAUGGCUGUCCAAAAGAAGUGGCACACAGGAGAGGUCCAGGUCGUGUGUGCUACCAUUGCUUUUGGGAUGGGAAUAGACAAACCCAACGUUCGGUUUGUUAUUCACAACACACUGUCCAAAUCGAUUGAGAGCUACUACCAAGAAUCGGGGAGGGCAGGAAGGGACAAUCUCCCUGCACUGUGCAUCGCUCUUUACCAAAAGAAGGAUUUCAGUCGGGUCGUUUGCAUGCUGCGGAGUGGGCUAAGGGGCAGAAGCGAGAGCUUCAAGACAGCGAUGGCGCAGGCUAGGAAAAUGCAACAAUAUUGUGAGCUCAAGGGGGAGUGCCGGAGGCAGACAUUACUCGAGCACUUCGGGGAGAGGUUCGAUCGGAAAGCCUGCAGAUUCGGCUCUAAUCCUUGCGAUGAUUGUAUCGGCACUACCACCUGAAGAAUGCCAUAGACGCUGAUGACGACCUCGACCGGUGGAUUGAUCUCCCUGGCUCUUCAAAGAUUUGGAGGAAGCACCGGGACUUCGGGGCACGUAAUCGCUUUUUCAUAUUGUCAUGAACCUACAUUCGAAGACUUUCCGAAUGCAUGUGGUACAACGAAUCCUUAUGAAUUUCAUUUCAUGUAUAAAAAUUCCGAAAGAUUCUUGGAUCAAUCCUCUCUCUCUCCUAAAUUUGAA